UCCCCUUCACAUUCCGUGUGCUACCUGCAAAAAUUCAGACCGCCGUGAAGUUUUUACACUCCAUCUAAGGAUGUUUCGUCCAUGCCUGAUCUUCCUAACCAUCGUUGUAACCUGGGCUUUGGACUGCAAUACACCAGUGGGAAUUGAAGAUGGGACCUUAGAGGAUUCAAGGAUGACUGCAAAUUCCAACAUUAAUAAGUGGCAUGCAGCUAAGGAAGGAAGAUUGAAUAACUAUAAAGGAAAACCAGGAAACUCAGGAGUGGGUGCUUGGUGUGCGGACAAAAGAGAUUCUAACCAAUAUCGUUAUAUACAGUUCGACUUAGGUACCGUACGUAAAAUCGGAAAGAUCGCCACUCAGGGUCGUAACACAUCAUCGUACCAGUACGUUUCAAGUUACCGAAUCCUUCACAGCAAUUUAGGCACUAUAUUUGAAGGAAUACUUGAUAUAAAUCACAACGAAGUGAUAUUUGCUGGAAACGUGGACCAAAAUUCAAUUGUCACACAUGAUAUACCUAGUACUGGAAGAAUUAUUGAGGCCAGGUAUAUUCGAGUGGUUCCUGUCGAGUACAGAGCUAAUAUUUGCAUGCGUUUUGAGCUCUACGAGUGUGUGGAGCCGGUGCCAGCAACUACUGCAGCCCCACCUGCACCAGCCACGACUGAACCUCCAGUUGUCUGCCCUGAUGGAUACCGCUUGGGAGCAGACAAUAAAACAUGCGAAGACAUCGACGAGUGUGCUGAGCAAUCAAGUAAAUGUAAUCAUUACUGUCACAACACGAAAGGUGGCUAUGACUGCAGCUGUAAACAGGGAUUCAAACUCGACGUAGACCAGCGAACUUGCAUAGAUAUCAACGAAUGCUUGGUGAAUAAAGGCGGCUGUAGUCAGCAGUGUGAAAACACAGAAGGGACCUUUAACUGUAGGUGCAAUGUUGGCUACAGAUUGCAAAGUGAUGGAAAGACAUGUAAAGACAUUGAUGAAUGUGCAGAAAAGAUCGACUUGUGUACUCAGAACUGCGAAAAUACCGAAGGAAGCUAUACUUGCAGCUGUAACGCCGGAUACAGACUUGCCUCCGACAAGUACACUUGCAAAAACAUUGAUGAAUGCAAUGAAGGUACUAGCGGAUGUAACCAGAUUUGCACUGAUACCCUGGGAAGCUUCAAAUGCAGUUGUAGAGCCGGAUACAAACUGAAGACUGAUAUGAAGACUUGUGAAGAUAUAGACGAGUGCCAAGCCAGUAAUGGGGGAUGCAGUGACACUUGUCAAAAUUUGGUGGGCUCGUACAUUUGCACCUGUCCCAGCGGCUACCAGCUCGAUGGAACCGGAAAGAAUUGCAUCGACAAGAACGAGUGCGCUCUUGCGAACGGUGGUUGUCAGCACACAUGUAACAACAGUCUUGGUAGCUUUUUAUGCUCCUGUAAUGAUGGCUAUAAACUCAAUUCUGAUGGCUUAACUUGCUCAGACAUCGAUGAAUGCACAGAUGGCUCAGCACAGUGUGACCCAAAAAGCACCACCUGCAGUAACCUUAUACCUGGCUAUGAAUGCAAGUGUAAAAAAGGAUACUUGGUAAUAAGCAAUGAUAAGAACAAGUGCAAAGCCCCUACUUGCCCAGCACUCCUCCAAUCAGUGGGAACCACUGUUUCUCCACAAACGUGCCUACAGGAUCAAGUCAUGGAGGCCGGCGAUUUGUGCAAAUUCGGUUGCGCUAUAGGGUUCGAACUACCUGAUCACGAGGAUACCCUCCUCUGCCUGCCAACUGGAAGCUGGAAUGCAUCGGUCAUUAAUUGCAAAAGAGUAAGCUGUCCAAAGCUGGUUGCUCCCGCAAAUGGAAAGCUUAAUCCAGAUACUUGCGUCACCGAAGGAAACGUUUAUCAAAGAAAGUGCGGGUACGUUUGCAACAGUGGCUACACGUUGUCUGGGGUGCAAAUCAAGACUUGUCUUAGCAACGGACAAUGGGACAGCCAGGAGGAACCAACAUGCACUCAAAGCUAUCCGGAUCCUUUUAUAACAUGUCCAGAUAACGUGCACGUUACUCUGUCUCCUGGCGCCAAUGAAGCUGACGUUUCGGCUUUGCUCCAGGAUCCCCAAUCCAAUCAGCCGCCGUCCAGAAUAACAAUUACACCGGCAGAGUACUUUAAAGAAAAAAUGUUUCCAGCCGGCACAACUACUUUAACUUACGUGGCAACAAAUGAAGUCGGAAAAACGGCCCAAUGUCAGACUCUAGUCAUCGUCCUUGACAGCGAACCUCCAAAAACGGACUCUUGUCCAGACGCUAUAUAUGAGACCACAACGGGUAACAGCAAAGUUAUAAGUUGGAACCCACCCAAAUUUAUCGACAAUGUGGCAGUUGUGAACGUGGUAUCUACUAAGAACCCAGGUGAAACAUUUAACACCGGCUCUACAAAUGUGAUAUACACAGCCACAGAUGCUGCGAAAAACAGAGGAACUUGCACGUUUACAGUCCAUCUCAAAAAAAUCGGAUGCAUUCAGCCUGAAGACCCAGAUAACGGUGCACUGGUUUGUCAGUUUGGCAGUUUCUGCACUAUCAAAUGUAACCAAAAUAAGAAACUUUUCAAAAACACAUUUUUCAUAUCGUGUUCAUCCUCGACGUUGGAAUGGAGUGAAAUCCCCGACUGCGUGGAUCACGUAAAUCCGGCUGCCGACGGUUCAUGUCCUAUUGGCUUUGUUAAACAAGGAAGCAUCAAUGGCGCCUUCACAGAAAACAUUUGUGUGAAAUGCCCAAGAGGUUAUUCCUACAAUAGUAACGAUAAAACAUGUGAGCCAUGUCAAAUCGGCUACAUUAGUACAUCAGAAGGUUCAAUGCAGUGCCACGCAUGCCUGAACAACACUUCAACUUUAGAAGUUGGCUCCAAAUAUUGCACAGCUUUGUGUUACGCCGGUCAGUUCUCCAAAUCAGGAUUUGAUCUGAAAGCAGAUCUUGAACCUUGUGAGCCUUGUCCGAUUUCCUCUUACCAAUCGCAGGCUGGCCAAAAAAGUUGUGAGAAGUGCCCUAAUGGUACCACCACCAUCAGCUCGGGUUCAGCAUCUGUCGAUUCUUGUGGAGGACUACCGGUGAUCACGCGAUACGAACCUAACCCAACCAAUGCGACCGAAAGAUAUUCUACCCAAUUUGAAUGUUACGGACAUGGAUUACCUCUGCCUUAUUUUAAGAUCACUAAGGUCAAACCGGCACCAGAUGGUUUUGGAGGCCCAUUUACUCAAGAGUACAUCAAAGGUCCGGACGGCAACCAGAUUGGCAUUCGUCACAUCAUCAGCAAGGUUACUGAGCAUGACGCUGGCGCUUACGAGUGUAAAGUGGAGAAUAAGUUUGGUACUGAUCAGAAGUACCUGUCUCUCAACGUGGAACUCAACUUCGAUGUCGGAAAGCGUCGCCGUCGCCGUCGCCAACAAAUUUUAAAGGCUGCACGAUAGGGAACAGUUAAGGGAACAAUACUGGAUAAUAUGGUUACAAAUAAAAGCUCAUCUAACCAAGAUGUCUGGAAAGUAUUGUAGAACUUGUAGAAGAGGUCAUAAUUAAACACAACAUUAUCGCGUUAA